GUGCGGCGAGGCGUUCGCGUGGUAUCUUAUCUUAGCUUUCUUCCCCCUCUGUCUUCCUUUCUUCCCUGGGUGCGGGGCGCGUUACCAUUGGCUGCGGUGCUGGUGGUUAAUUGCAACGACGGCAGCAGCGCCGCCGCCGGUCACCACCAUGCUCUCUCCCAUUGGCUAGCUCAGCUCCUCAGCGCAAGCUGGACUUGCUUAGAUAUACAGCCUCACCUUUCGUUUUUUUUCUUAAGCUUGCGUGCUUUGCAUUCGGGAUGGGGAACUGGGGAUGCCUAGUGCACUACAGAAUCAAAAAAUAGUGCAGAAGAUAAUUGACAGCAAUGAAUGCCAGGUUCCUCAUUCUUCAACUAUUUCAUUGCAAAUCGAAUCCAAUUUAAAAUGUUUCUACUUCAUAGUUGUUACAUCAUAGUGGCUCAUAAGCUACAUCAGGAAAAGAACCUGACAUAGUUGACUAAUACGCAACCAAACUUUCUAGUUCUGCAUAUACUACUGCGACGAACUGCACUAGUGCCAUGUAAUACUGUAUCCCUCAAACGCGUAGGACUAGUCCGCUGUGGUGCUACGAUCUUCAUGCUUUGUUAUGGCGCGCGGCGAUUGUCAGAUGGGACAAAGGGCUUAGGCGGCAUCUCUAGAUCCUGCAAACUUCCCAAUAACAUGUUUAUCACCUUUGUCAUUGAUGGCCGGUUUCUUGGGUUCCACUGAAUACACCAAAAUGCCACAAUAGCCAGCUGUCUCGCCUUUUCUUGCUCUUCUGGUGUCAUUUCCAGAGUAAGCACCAGUUCCUCUCCCGUCACUACUUUCUCAUAGAUCCACUCCGGGAGGUAUACCUGGUUCUGAAUCCCGAUACUUGGGUCUGAGUUCCUCCUCCCACUCACCAUUUCUAAUACCAGCAUGCCAAAACUGUAAACAUCUGACUUGUAGGAUAUCCCUCCAAAAUUUGUAGAGUAUAGUUCUGGUGCGAUGUAGCCCAUAGUGCCUCUUGUUGCAGUCAAGGUAAUGAUGCUUUGCUCCCUUGGACACAACUUUGCGAGGCCGAAGUCUGAGAUCUUCGGAUUGAAGCUGUAGUCCACUAAGAUAUUGUGAGGCUUGAUGUCCAAGUGUAGGAUGCGCUGAUUGCAUCCUUGGUGUAAGUAUUCCAUUCCUUUAGCAAUGCCUAAAGCAAUAUCUAACAUUUUAUCUGGUGCCAGGAGUUCUCGGGAAACAAUAGAAUUACCCGAGAAUAUAUAUUUCUCCAAUGAAUCUUUAGGCAUGAAUUCAUAUAUAAGAGUCCUUCUUGUCCCUUCAGAGCAAAAGCCAAGGAGGCGGACAAUGUUUGUAUGGUGGAUUCUCCCGAUAGUUGCAACUUCAUUGAUGAAUUCCUGCCCCUCUCCGUUAGAGUUCUCUAGCAUCUUGAUCGCCACAGGAACUCCAUUUGGUAGCUCACCUCUGUACACACUUCCAAAUCCACCUUGUCCUAAUUUAUCCUUGAAUCGUCUCGUUAUCUUCUUAAUUUCGGAGAAAGUGUACCUUGUGGGUUUUGAUGUGCCAUAUGUCUUGAGGAACAUUUCAACUUUCAAAUGUAUCUCUUCAUUGUAUCUUGUCUUUAGCGAAAGAUAAAGAGCAGUGGCUACCAUCAACAGAAGAACAACAAAUGCCGCCGAAGAUGAUGUAGCUGAAUACAUGGAAAUCAGCAUGUUCAUUAGGGUUGGAAGUUAUUGCUUUAACGAUUGUAAUGGGGAUGAGAGAAUAUUAGUGGGAAUAGCUAGAUAAUUAAUUUAUAAGCAGCAGAUAUAUACUUUAUUUUCAUCUUUUUUAAUAAAAGUAAUGUUUGGAUUGGAGCUGUACCUGCAAUGAUUUUGACACGUGAACCUGCAAAUACCAAAGAGGAGAUUAAAAUUUGAUUGUUUAUUUAGUACAUAAUAGGAAAAUUAACUAAUUAAGCUGAGGAAAGAAAUAUUAGAUCCAACAUUGAUGUAUGGCCAGUGAGGGUGGGGCAGGAUUGGGUGAGAAAGAUCAGAAGAAAGCUUCCAUUACCAACUCUGGUAAGUGGUAACAGAGGAGUCUUUAGGGUCAAUCAAGAAUCAUAAGGGUGGGUCCUGCUCAGUGGCUUGAUUGGAUUAAGGGUUAUAUCUCACCUUACAGUCACAGUCUCACAUAUCUUGGCCUCGUCACCCGUCAAAACACCCUCCUAUUGUAGAAAUUUCCUGCUUGUAUAUACCUUGCACUGCUACUGCCAGAUGUCACGUUGGGGACACACAGCCUCCCAGGUAAACUUUCUGCAGGCAUAUCAUGCAUUUAUUCAUUUCUUGCUUUCGCUUCUUAUAUUUCUCAACAUCAGGUGGUUCUUGUUCUUACUCUGUUCUUUCUGAUAUUUAUUCCAUUUUAUAUUCUUCACCAUGCAAAUCUAUUCUUUUUGCACAAUACCACAUUAUAUCAGUAUUAGUACAGCUGAUGCGGCAUCAGGCUCUAGUACUUCAUAUCCCAGCAUAAAUAUGGUAGCACAAUAAUGCCUGGAAGUGAAUGCAUGGUGGUGGAUUUGAGCUGCCUAACUAUAACAUGUUUUGAGUUUUCUGACAUGAGUCGACGCUAUUUGUCAUAUCAAAUUGUUGGCUUGUCACUCCACUCCCUGAGAACAAUGCUGAUACCAAUGCAUAUUUGCAGCGUUACUAAUAUUACUAGUAUGAGCUAACAUGUAUUCUGGACCGAGUUUAGCCUAAAUUGUUGCAACCCGAUUUAUCUUGGCAAGUUUGUACAGGGGGAAAGGAGGGAAACUAGAAACAAAAAUGGAUGUAACAUGUUGGCUUGCGUCCAAUGGCGACCAUAGAAACUUGAAGUUCUUUGAAUAUGCUAUAGGAAUUCUGAAGUAAGUAUAUUACAACUGAGAGAUUGCUUGUGUUUAUCUCAGAUGUGUUUUUGUCUAUCUGCAUAUUUAUCAUGAAAAUGCUAAAAAAUUAUAGUAGUAUACUGUCAUAUAUAAGAGAUGGCCAUUCGCAAAUUGAUGAAAUAAACCCUAAUCAUUGCCAUAAUUAUCAUGGACUACUUAACAAUGGAGCUGCUUAGUUUUUGCUUAAUUUAAUUUUGGACCACCCAAGUUUUUCUCCAAUGUUUACAAAUAUGUGACCCAUUUUUGUUUCCUAAUUUCAGAAGAUUCAGAUGAGAAUUUACAUGAGCUUAUAAUGUUUUUACUCAAGCUACCUACCCAAAUGGUUUGUCAUACUGUUUAUGCAAAAUAAUUUGACAAAAAACUCCUGGAAAUAUCGUACAGUAGAAAUUAAUGAUACCUUUAUGAGGUUGAGACAAGCAGAAUGUUUCAUUCUUUUGCGAGCUGAAUGCGCAGCGUUGCCCGUCCUUCUCACAUUUUUGGCACUCAGAGGGAAUGGAUGACGGCUCCUGUUCACUCCAGUCAGCUGCUAUGUCAUAAAAAUGGAGGGCUCCUUCAACACCAUGCUUGGAUGCUGAGCCAUAAUAUCCUGUGCCAAAUAUUGGGAGGGCGGCAUCUGAUAUGACCUUGCAGUCUAAUGGAAGAUCAUACAUGAAUGCAUAAGUUGCCACCAAAUACGAGAAGUGGGUUUUGUUGCUAAGGCAGGAGAUUGGGCCGGCAAUAGUAUCGGCAGCUGAGGCAGAAGCAUAGUAACUGCCUCUGUCGUCAUAGACGGGAUACUGAGUAAUCCCGCUUGGCUUGAACUCCCUUGAGCAGCCUACAAGCCUUCCAGUUCUGCUAUAAUGUGGAGUACAGUGGUGGCCAGUGUCAGUCGGUGGUGAACUUGUCGAUAUGAGAUUCUGAAUCACUGUGCACGCAGAGGUAAGCGGGGUGAUGUUGAGGAGGGCACCGGUGUAAUUUAUGGCGUUGACAUUGCAUGGGCCAAGAAGUGGGUGAAGCAUGAUAGUGGAUUGGCCUGAGCAUGCUAGCUUCGCACAUGUUGCACCGCAGGAUGAUGAUGUAUUGCUAGAAUCAAGCCGGAGUGGGAACCGGAUCUCGGGUCCAUCUUUGCUGCACCGGGACGGCGGACAGUUUCUGAAGAAAUCUUGGUCAUCCCAAGCUGCCGAAGAUGUGGCCAUGUCGGCUCCAGGGCUGACAAGGCAGACCACCAGGGCUGUGACAAGGAAUAUACUCAUCUUUCUGCUUCUGCAGUACGAGAUGGAUGAAGGUAAGCCAGGUGACUGCAUCGUUGUAGAUCAAGCUUUGUAGACUGCAUCACUACAGUAGAAUCCAAGACCUGACACUGACAUGUAUCAACCCCCUUGCCAAGUCACAGAAGCAUAUACCAGCAUCCCUGCCUGAUUAUACUAACCAGGAGGAGUUAACAAGGAUCAUAUACAUAUGGCAACAUCCUCUUUAUGAUGACAUAUGGCAGCAGUGAUGUGGACGUUAACCAUCUCUGACCGGGUCAUUCUACAGUUUUUUUAUUCCAUCAUCCCUUGUAUAUGUCGUGUUUGUUUUCACCCUUGUUUCCUUGCAGUCCAUUAAACAUGAGAAAAAAGCACGCAACAAAGCCAGAACAAGAGAUUAACAGUUGACUAUCGUCGAUGCCUCCAUGGUGGUUUCUGGUGCACUUCAUGGUCGCAGUUCUUGCCGUGGAUGUUCAGGGGCGACAUGAUAUUACUCAUAAUAGCAGGUACGCCUGCGCUCCUUUCUCUUGCGGACAUCUCCAAGAUGUCCAGUACCCUUUCCGCCAGCAAGGAGAUCCACGGUGGUGCGGUUCUCCAUCAUACGAGCUGACUUGCACCGAUAGUAAUGCUACAAUUCAGAUCAACACAGGGACGUACUUUGUCACUGAGAUUGACUACAAGUAUUCUUCCUUCUGGGUCGUGGACGCCAACUUGGACAUGAGCAGCAGCUGCCCUCUUCCUCGCUGGGAUCAACGCCCUUAUCUACAUGGCCUCCAGCAGUCCGACGGCUCCAUCAUAUUUGACCCUUUUUUCGUUACGUGGGCUAGCUUUGUGAAUUGUUCGCGGGUGGUCACGAACAAUAGUGACUACAUACCGGUCACUUGCCUGAACACGAGGUAUUCUUUUGUCUAUGUGUUGAUUGACUAUAUUUCUGUUGGGGACCUUGAGCCUUCUUGCGGGUACUUGGCCAUGGCUGCUUUGGGUGGUCGGAGCAUGCGAUACAAUAAUGCAAGUCAUGAAAUUCUGGUAGAAUCCAUGAGGAGAGGAUUUGCCGUUAGGUUUCCUUUCAGAUAUCAAAGGACUUUGGAGGGCUUCAAGGGGUGCAUAAAGGAUCGCUUUGUCCUAGGCCCUGGGUAUUCAGUGGUUUAUCUCGUCGCGCGUUCGGCUGUGAUCAUUUUGGCACUCGAUUUUGAAGUAUUGUAUUGCGCAUUUAGAACAACAGUUUCUUCCAAUGAACAUCUCGGCACACUACAGGUUGCAGUACUAUACUCUAUGUCGAUAUUGAAGUUGAUUGCUGUACUAUGCAGGUUCGUGGUUGCUCCCCUGGUGGUAUUGUUCUUCCUAGCCCACAAAUACUGGAAAACGAGGAUCACAAUUGAUGCGGUCGAGAAGUUCCUACGGAUGCAGCAAAUGAUCGGCCCGACAAGGUAUGCCUACACAGAUAUUGUUGCAGUAACAAGCCAUUUCAGAGACAAGCUGGGCCAGGGAGGCUACGGCUCGGUGUACAAGGGUGUUCUGCUCCCAGGCGAUGUCCAUGUGGCCAUCAAGAUGCUAGAUGGUAAAUCCAGCUGCGAUGGGGAAGAUUUCAUCAGCGAGGUCUCCACCAUCGGGAGGAUCCACCACGUCAAUGUGGUGCAUCUCGUCGGGUUCUGCUCGGAGGAAAUGAGGAGGGCGCUAGUCUACGAGUAUAUGCCCCAUGGUUCUCUGGACAAGUACAUCUUCUCGGCUAAGAGGAGUUUCUCCUGGGACAAGAUUAAUGAAAUCGCCUUGGGCAUUGCCAGGGGGAUCAACUACCUGCAUCAAGGAUGUGACAUGCAGAUUCUGCACUUUGACAUCAAGCCGCACAACAUCCUUCUUGACAGCAAUUUCGUCCCAAAGGUUGCCGAUUUCGGCCUUGCCAAGCUGUACCCAAGGGACAACAGUUUUGUGCCGUUGAGCGCCCUACGGGGAACCAUUGGGUACAUAGCUCCUGAAAUGAUAUCCCGGAGCUUCGGCAUCAUAUCGACCAAGUCUGACGUUUACAGCUUCGGGAUGCUGCUGCUGGAGAUGGCCGGAGGACGAAGGAAUGCCGACCCGGGCGCGGCGAACUCAAGCCAGACAUUCUACCCGUCGUGGGUGUAUGACCGGCUAAGCAAACAGGAACUGGGUGAGAUGCGUGCUGAGAUGCAUGAGUUGGAGAGGAAGCUUUGUGUUGUUGGGCUUUGCUGCAUCCAGAUUCAGCCUCACGAUCGGCCGGCGAUGAGCGAAGUCAUAGGGAUGCUUGAAGGCGGCAUGGAUGGCCUGCAGUUGCCUUCGAGGCCAUUCUUCUGUGACGAUGGGCAGACCCCUGUAGCGGAGUCUUAUGAUUUCUGCUCUGGGCUGACUGCCAUUUCAGAGGAGGAUGAGUGAAAUUUUGUCUAUGUUCAGUGUCGUGUAUUAUUACUAGAGGCGAUGAACUUGUGAAAAGUUACGGUAAUGGUUGUCUUGGGAGUAAAAGAAUGUGAAUUAUCUACCGUGUUUCUUUUGAAUGUUAUCCAAAAUUCAAUCAUAUCGAGUGUAAAGUUUCAUUUGACCUCCAACCUUAGGAGGAUGGUAUCCUUUGCCAG